AUGGACGAGAGCAAACCCCUGAAGAUCCGGCUGACUUUCUCCGUCAUCCUGGUCGGCGUCUCGCUCCUCUUCGCCGCCGUAGUGACGGACCACUGGGCCGUGCUGAGCCCCAAAGUGGAGCAGUACAAUGCCACCUGCGAAGCGGCCCACUUCGGGCUGUGGCGGCUCUGCACGAAGCGGAUUUACAUGCAGGAGCAAGGCGCCAAGGAGAAGGGCUGCGGGCCCAUAAGCCUGCCGGGAGAAAGCGACUGCUCCUACUUUAAGCACUUCACUCCAGGAGAGAGCUCAGAGAUAUUUGAAGUAACCACCCAGAAAGAAUACAGCAUUUCAGCUGCAGCCAUCGCCAUCUUCAGUGUUGGCUUCGCAAUCAUCGGAACAAUCUGUGUCCUCUUCUCCUUCAGGAAAAAGAGGGACUAUCUGCUGAAGCCAGCGUCCAUGUUCUACACCUUUGCAGGUCUCUGCAUCAUCAUCUCUGUUGAAGUCAUGAGACAAUCUGUGAAAAGGAUGAUUGACAGCGAGGAGACAGUCUGGAUUGAGUACAGUUACUCCUGGUCUUUUGCCUGUGCCUGUGCUGCCUUCGUCCUGCUCUUCAUCUUUGGAAUUAUUCUCCUUCUGAUCGCCUUGCCUCGCUUCCCCCAAAACCCCUGGGAGACCUGUAUGGAUGCAGAACCAGAGAACUAACGUUCCCACCCCCCGCCCUUGCCUAAAAAGCCAGAAAGUGUUUGGAAAAAAUAUAUAUUUUUUAAAAUGUCUGGAUACCACAAUGCCAUGUGCACUGCCACUCCAUAAACUAAGUCAUUACUGA